AUGGAACCUUACUACCCCACAACAAACUUUGAUAAUUCCGACAGUGUUUUCGGUAUGGGAGAUCCGAAUUUCCCUUGGGAUUUUAAUCUUGAAGAUAAUUUCGAGGCUCAAAAGUUAUUAGCCGCUGCCAUUGCGCAUAAUGAUCAGUUUAGAUAUGACGAGGACCAAAAACGAAAGUUAGAAAUGUUGGAAGACAUAACUCAACAAAAUCCGUCCAAAGUUAGUCAUAAUUUAAAUAUUACCUCUGUGCCCCAUCCAGAUCUUACGGCUGAAACUGCUUCGGAAGCUAAUGUUGAUUCUCACUCUGAGCAAACGAAUGAGCCCCAGAAAAAAAAACCGGGUAGAAAACCAUUAAACAAUACUCCUAGUUCAAAACGCAAGGCACAAAAUAGAGCAGCACAACGUGCGUUUCGAGAACGAAAGGAACGUUAUGUUAAAGAGCUUGAAGAUAAAAUCAAAGAACUUGAAUCCAUGUCAGCAAAAAGUGUUCAAGAGAAUCAAGAGUUGAAGACGCUUGUUGAACAAUUACAAGCAGAAAAUUUCAUAUUAAAACAAACGAGUUUCACUUUUGACUUUCCGUUGGACAAAGCAAAUGACUCGACUACUGCUCUCGACAAAGAUAUUAGUGAUAUUCUUGCGCCAACGUCAAAGUCAACUUCAAAUACAUUAACAGUCCCAACGACAAGUAGUUCCACAUUUAGUUCAUAUACACCUCCAUCUUCAAACGUGAGUGAUGAUGAACAAAGUUCACCAUCUAUGUCAGGCUCAGCAGAAUCAGAUUACACCUCUGAAGUAAGAGGUACAUCCUCAAGAAAUUCCCCUAAAAUUCCACAAGCAUAUAAUUUUAGUCCACUGGAAGCCACUACCAUCAGUCCACCUACUACGGUUGUCACAACUCCACCUUCACACUCUUUAAAACCUCAGAGUGCGGAAGAGUUUUGUGAAAAAUUUACAGAUGGUAUGUGUCAGGAACAAAAGAAAAAUAAAGAAUUGAUCUCAUCACAAGCGAUAGGAGAAUCUAGUAAAUCUGCAUUCACGGAGUAUCGGGACCCAACACCGUUUACUCCUAAUAUUGAUAAUCCUUUCUCUGAAUCUGCCCCGCUUCCACCACUUUUUGAACAAAACUUUCAAGAAUUCGGAAGUUUCGCUCCAAUGGCUACACCAUCUGAAGAACGCAUGAAUGGUCAAUUAAUACAUAGUAAUGGAUUUGCAUCGAUGGAUGACUUUAGUAGUAAAAAGUUCUUAUCGUGUAAUAAGGUAUGGGAAAGAAUUCAACAGCAUCCAAAGUUUGACGAUUUAGAGGGUGACGAAAUCGAUCUACUUUGUGCUGAGCUAAAAUCUAAGGCUAAAUGUUCAGGAAAUGGUCCUGUUGUACCUGAAGAAGAUUUAGAAGCUGUUUUGGGUAAAUUGGAAGAUAAAUAG